GAUCACCGACCUAAGACUUCUCGUGCCAUGAUGCGACAAGAGCAUUGCGGAGAUGCCGCUUCAGCCGCUUCAGGGACUUCCAAAAAGCUCAGGGCAAGGUGUCACUCCACCUGCGAAGGAUCUCUUCUGGCAUUUGGACAAGCUGCUAGGCCCUAUCCAGUCGCAGACGAGCCGAGGCGGCCUGGCAGGCCUGAAACCUCGGCAGCUGUUCUCUCGGCUUUCAACGUUAAAGCUUCUACGUCGACCCCAGGACUUCACCCGUUUACUUGGCGCCUUGGGCAAGAGGGAGCUGUGGGAGCAUGCAAGGCUGGCCUUGAGUCAGAUGGAAGUCAUCUCCAUUCAAAUGGAUGUGAUAGCACUUGGUGCGGCAGUGAAUGCGUGUGCAGGAGCUGGGCAAUGGGCCACGGUAGCUGCUUUGCUGCAGCACUCUUGCCAGUCCGGCAUCCUUCCUGACCUGAAGACGUUCAACUGUGCUUUGCGAAGCCCACAGGCUGCGACACUGGGUCACUGGAGGUUUACGCUAAAAAUGCUCGCCUUUCAGAGGCAGUGCGCUGUUCUUCCAGAUGUGAUCACGUACGACCUUUUUGCUGCUGCUGCUGCUGCUGCUGGUCCUGAUAAAUGGAACUAUGUUUGCUUUUUGCUGCUGGACUCCCUGCAUGGUUUGGUGCCGGAUGUCCUUAUGCUUGGAACAGCCCUCGGUGUAUUCGAGAAGGCACAGCAGUGGGAGCGCGCCUUGGAGGCUUUCCGAGGCAGCCAGUUGCCAAUCGACAGGCACAUUCUCAACGCAGCUGUCACUGCUUGUGCGGCAGGGUUGCAGCCAAAGCUGGCACAAAGAAUUGUCAAGGAAAUGGAGGGCGUUUCCAUCCAAACAGAUGUUGUGACUUUUGCUGCCUUGAUUACAGCUGCGGAGAAGGGUCAGCUUUGGCAGGAUGCAAUUGCACUUGUUGACUCGAGCAAUGUAGAAGGCAUUCGGCCAGACCGAAUUCUUGGUGGUGCCACUAUCAGCGCAUGUGAGAAGGCAGCACAGUGGCAGUGGGCCUUGGACAUCGCCAAAGUGCAGGUGGUUCAGAGGCUGAAGCCCAACGAGAUCAUGUGCAACGCCCAAAUCAGUGCAUGUGCUGCAAGUGGCCAGCUGCCUCAAGCCUUGAAUAUCCUGAAUGAAAUGCCUCAGUGGAACAUCAGGAGGAGCAAGGUAUCAUUCAACUCUGCUGCUGAAGCACGUCAAAAGAGCCUGGAUUGGGAGGGCGCGGUGCGAAUAUUGGAAAUCAUGAGGCACGACAGAAUUCAGCCCGAUAUAGUUACUGUGUCGCUUGUCAGCUCGCCCUUGGAAGCUGCGGGGAAGACGACAUUUUUGCCUCCACUGAUUUUUGUGGUUCCUUCUCUUGGAUUUGUCAGCUCCGCUCGGGCUGUUCCUACGAAUCAGCAGUCAGAACAAAUGACGGCUUUGGAGAUUUUAGUGGAGCAUGAUGCUUUGUCCAGCUCAGUGGCACGGAAGUUUCAGAAGCUGGAGUGGAGGCUCUUAAGGUCAAGGCUAGAACGGUUGGCACAGGGUUCAGUGAGUGAGGCUGAGAAAGCUACACAGAGAUUGUUUGAUCGCCAUUUGAAUCGCUACUUUUCUUUGGGUGUGCAUUUCACCUGCCGGGCUCUGAACCGCUUUUUCCCGACGUUUUCGGGCUGGAGAGGUUCAGCUCGUCAGCAUACUCGGCGCGGCACUGGAGCAUAUUGGUCUCAAGAAGCAAGUGCUCAUGGUCUCUCUGCUUGGGCGCAAUUCUCUGUGUUGCGGAUGAAUGACAAGUUGACUGGUGCAGGAGCCACGUUCGGUUAUGGCCAUGCGGAUGCUUCUAUUUUGUUGCCUGUCAUGGUGCAACAUGACCGCUCAAGGCAUUCGGAAAGAUUGGCUUUGCUAUUUGUGCUGCGCCAUGUGCAGCACGCGAGCAUAGAUUGCCAGCAAGUGGUCCAAAGAGCCUUCCUGUCGUAAA